AUGGAGAUCUUUGUCUUCAUGGCCUCAUUGGGACUCAUACCUGCUGGGGUCCGUGACAUCACUCAGCUGGAGUCUUCAGGAGGUCCCUUCACCCCUACACUGAGAUUCAAGGCUCCAGGAUGUUGGAACAGAGGGGGUGAAAUGUCACCCAUUGAGCAGAGCACUUCUCCCGAAGAAGGGAUGGAUGCAACCAUGCUUGAACAGCAGACGCAGAGAUGUGCUAAGAAACCCCUACAAAGGAAACAGGUCAGGAUUCCAGCUAUGAAGUCUGGCAGAAGUGACCCUCCAGAGAAGACGUCACAAAGCACAGACCAUGUGAUGGACUUCCAGGAUUCCUCAAGUCUUCUUGGGUCUCAGGUGACUACCAGCACUGGGCAGCCACACAGAAGCUCUGAGGACGCAGAGUCCAUUCAGUCCGAGAAUGAAGACUACAAAUGCAGUGUCUGUGGCAAAACUUUUAGUCAUAAGUUCCGGCUUAGCCGACACCAGAAAAUACACGCUAGAGAAAGGCCUUUUAAGUGCUCUGAAUGUGGGAGAUCCUUCCGGCAAAAUGCCCAUCUCACUGUGCACUUGAGAAUCCACACUGGAGAAAAUCUAUUUAAAUGCAGCGAAUGUGGAACAGCUUUCAAUUAUAAAAACUCUCUCACUCACCAUCUAAAUGCCCACAAUGGAGAAAUGCCUUAUAAGUGUAAUAAAUGUGGGAGAUUGUACAGGAACAAAUCCAGCUUGGUAUGUCAUUAUCGAGUCCACACCGGUGAAAAGCCCUAUAAGUGCUUUAAAUGUGGGAAAUCAUUUAAGGAAAAAUCCGGCCUUUGUUAUCAUGACCGUGUGCACAAUGGGGAAAGGCCUUUUGAGUGUAGUGAAUGUGGAAAAUGCUUCAUCCAAAAAUCUCACCUUGUGAAACACCAAAAUGUCCACAGCAAGCCUUUCAUGUGCAAUGAGUGUGAGAGGAUCUUCACUUCCGGUUACAGCCUCAUUAGACAUAAGAAGUUCACGACGCAAGAAAGCAGUAGGAGUGCAAAGAAUGCAACAAAGUGUAUUGCAAUAAACAUCUAUAAACAUCGCAAGGGUCACAACAGAUAG